AUGAAAAUAUUUCGAAUACGAUCAUUUGAGGAAUACGGUAAAGGAGAGGUGGUACAGCUAUGUAAAUGGGAUGAGGUGAAUGGUGGCGAUGGUGAUGAUGAUGAUGAUGGUGAUGUUGGAAAUAGAAAAAAAAGAGGGCUGAUACAUCAACAUUCCGAAGCAAUAGUGGAAAGAGAAUCGAGAGAACGAGAAAGAAUUUAUUAG